CGAAUUAUCCUUGAAAACUCAUAACAAGUUCACAAUUUUUCUUUUCUUUCUAUCUUUCAGAUUAAAGUAACAUUUAAACAUUCUUAUGGAUGUGUGUUUAACCCAUUUAGCCUGGUUUGUUUUCUAUAUUGGGUUCCUAUGCAUUUGUAGGGAGAAGUAACAAGUUUCAUGUGUGAAAGUCAAUGAGAGGGUGAGAACGCCAGAAACAAAUGAGACACCCCUCUCCUUCAAUCUCUUUGGGGCUGGCAAUUUUCCUCUCAUUUUCCAUUACGACGUCGUCACAACAACACUCAUCUUUUCCCUCAAUAAUCCCAUUCUUCUCCAAACGUGACGACGCUCCUCUUUCGUUCAAUCCAAUCCCCAAAGCCACUCCCUCAGACUUGUUAUCUCUGUUAGGUUCCAAUUCUCAGUCUCAAACCGUCAACCCCGCCGUAGCGCGCCACCUCAAGUCAUGCCUCAAGUUCCUCGUUCCGUUUUCUCCGCCGGAGCCUCGUCAUCGGAAAUUGGGAUUGGGCCGUGCCGGCACUAGUCUCACCGGCGCAACCGGUAGAGACACCGCGAACAACUUAAUUUGGUUCCCGCCGGAGCCUGUUUUGGAUCUGGCGCGCAUCGCCGUCGAUUCCGGUGGUGAUCCUGCUGCUAUUCAACGCGCUCUUGACCCAACCAUCAUCCCAGUACCUGAUGUUGAAGGAUCAAACAAAAACCGUUGUCAACUCACCAGAACUCCCUAUGGCAGACACUUCAUUUCUCAGGAGUUGAACCUGUAUCUUAAGUUUUUGUUUGAACUCAUUGCUGAUCGUGCUCCCUCUGUUGGGUUCAAGGUUAGCUUGAACCGGUUUGAUUUGUUCCACGGUCACAUGUUUCUGGCAGUCGACACUGGAAGACUUGGUAUAUUAUUCCAUGCACGGGAAUACCCCGCAUAUGAUGAACAAGUAUUCCCGUACAAUUUGGGUUUUUGUCAGAAAGGGACCAAUGUGACAUAUGAUGAUUCCAUGAACUUGAGAAAUAUUCUCUGGCUGGCUCCAUUACCUGGUGAUUCUGCAAAAUCUUGGUUGGCACCAGGGGUUCUGGUAGUGCUGGAUGCUCGUCCUGAUGGAAUCAUCUACAGAGAUCUAAUACCCGAUUAUGUAGAUUUUGCAAGGACAAUCUAUGAAGAUGAUCUAGGGAAUUGUGCCGUUGAUGUGAACUACUUGAAUGUGGGAUCUGAAACUGGAAAUUAUCAACUAUUCAUAUGCUGAUGAAGUGAUGCUAUCACAUGGUAAAUGAAGAUGGAUAUGAUUGCAAUGAAGAUUGCAUAUGAAAUUUAUUCGAACUCUAGGUAAAUUGUAGCUAUGUUCAAGUGCUGUGUAUGUCGAUGCAAAUUUAUUAAUUGGCCGUCAAACUCUAUGCACUUCAUUUGUGCAACAAAUGUUGUUUGAGUUCUUUCACUUACUAAAUUGAAUUUGCACAGUCCGGCAGUAA